UUAUAAAGUUACAUGAAACUUCCAAUAAUUCCAAUACAUUGUUUAAAAUAAUAAUGAACAAGAAUUAUUCUGUGUUACAUGUGAUUAAGAAAUAGUAUAUUAUAUAUUAAAAUUAUUAAUUGAUGCACCAUCUGUUGAAGCGCUAGUAUCUCAAACUGGUUUUAUAGAUAUGUAUAUAGCAUAGUAGCGUAUGUAGUACCGUUACAGAUUACAGCCUUGCAGGUUACAGCUUAGCUUACGGCCACGUUACAGCGUGGUUCGUUCUGUGCAUUGCUGUCAGGCUGCGAAUGAUAAUAGUGACAAAAAGGCCCUAUAUACAAAAUUAAAACUAGUAAAGACAUAAUAAAGUUUCAGUGCUAAUUAUUGACCAGUCUCAUCGCGGUCGCGUUAAAACAGUUAUGUCAAACGAAAUCCCAAAUAAACGUCUGAUGACGAGUUGUAGCAAUGUAUUGGAGCAAGCACAUCAUGUAUCAAGAGCAAAACGUGGACAAGCAAUGGGAAGUAUAAGAGGUUUUCGAGGCUGUACAGUUUGGUUAACAGGCCUUUCUGGUGCUGGGAAAACUUCAAUAGCUUUUCAAGUUGAGGCAAUUUUAAUUGAUCAAGGAAUUGCUGCUUAUGGACUUGAUGGAGAUAACGUAAGGAGUGGUUUAAACCACAAUCUUGGCUUUACCAAGGAAGAUAGAAAAGAAAACAUAAGGAGGGUUGCAGAAGUAGCUAAAUUAUUUGCUGAUAGUGGACAAAUUUGUUUAUGUAGUUUUGUAUCACCAUUUGAAGAGGAUAGACAAAUGGCAAGACAAAUUCAUAAAAUGUCUGAUCUUCCAUUUUUUGAAGUUUUUGUUGAUACACCUCUUACUGUAUGUGAAGCAAGGGAUACCAAAGGAUUAUAUAAAAAGGCACGUCAAGGAGCGAUCAAAGGCUUUACUGGAAUAGACCAAAUGUAUGAAAGACCAGUAAAUCCUGAUUUAGUGGUAGUCACUGAAAACUGUACUCCAGAGGAAUCAGCUGCAACUGUUAUUGAUCUUCUGGAGAAACAGCAUAUUAUACCUGUACUUCAAAAACCUGCAAUGCCAAUACGGGAGUUAUUCAUUCCAGAAUCACGAAUAUCUUUGGCCAAAACAGAAGCUGCUACGCUUCAGAACUUAGAAAUUAAUGAAAUUGAUGUACAAUGGCUCCAGGUUUUAGCAGAAGGUUGGGCUGCACCUCUUACCGGUUUCAUGAGAGAACACCAAUAUCUCCAGACUCAACAUCUAAAAUGCCUCCGUGAAGGUGACAGAGAAAUUAAUCAAUCUGUUCCAAUAGUCCUUGCAAUACAUACAAAAGAUAAAGAACGUUUGAGUGGACUUUCGUCUUUUACAUUGAGAUACAAAAACAAAGCUCUAGCAAUAUUACGUAGGCCUGAAUUUUAUUAUCACAGAAAAGAAGAAAGAUGUGGUUGGCAAUUUGGUACUAACAAUUUAGGCCACCCAUAUGUAAAGAUGAUUCAUGAAUCUGGAGAUUGGUUAGUAGGUGGUGAUAUAGAAGUUAUUGAGAGAAUUAAAUGGCAUGAUGGUUUGGAUCAAUACAGACUUACACCAAAUGAAAUUAGAACAAAAUGCAAAAAGAUGAAGGCUGAUGCUGUCUUUGCAUUCCAGCUUCGAAAUCCUGUACAUAUGGGUCAUGCAUUAUUAAUGCAAGACACUAAAAAACGUUUAUUAGAAGAAAGAGGAUUUAAAAAUCCUAUUUUAUUGUUACAUCCUCUAGGUGGUUGGACGAAGGAUGAUGAUGUACCACUACAGACAAGGAUUCUGCAACAUGAAGCUGUACUUAGUGAAGGGGUUUUAGAUCCUAACUCAACAUUAUUAGCAAUUUUUCCAAGCCCUAUGAUGUAUGCUGGGCCAGUUGAGGUACAAUGGCAUGCAAAGGCAAGAAUGAACGCUGGUGCUAACUUUUAUAUCGUUGGAAGAGAUCCUGCUGGCAUAUUACAUCCUAACAAAAAUGCAACACCUGAUGGGAAUCUUUAUGAUCCUACUCAUGGAGCCCGAGUUCUCUUACUAGCUCGAGGCUUACAAUCGCUAGAAAUCAUACCGUUUAAAGUUGCAGCAUAUGAUAAAAAAUAUAAAAAAAUGUCCUUCUUUGAUGAGAAACGAAAAGAAGAUUUUGAAUUUAUAUCAGGGACGAAAAUGCGUUGUUUAGCAAAAGCAGGUGAAAAUCCACCUGAUGGUUUUAUGUCACCUAAAGCAUGGUUUGUUCUUGCACAAUAUUAUCAAAACCUAGAAAAGUAAAUAUUUAGUGCAAAAAUCGCUAGAAAUUAUUAACACUUUAGAAUGAAGUGUUUAUAGAGUAAAAUUAGUGUUUCAAAUAUUGGAAAAAAA